UUCCGACCGUCAAGAACCCAAAAACCCUUCGAGCUCCAAAGGCUGCUCUCGUUUCGAUCUCCGAGCGCGCGCUCGCUCUCCCUCUCUCUCUCGCCCUCAUCGUUUGCGAAUCCGAGAGGGAAGAGAUAUCGAGAAACCCUAACCCUAGCCAUGGCGAUUUGCAUCAGGAGAGCUCUAUCCUUGAGGAGCCUCCUCUUCCUUCGGGCUCCUCGCCAUUUCAACAACCUCUCGCCUUUCUCCCACCUCGUUUCCAGCCAUUCGGCGAGGGCUGCUUCUUCUCUUGGAUUCCGUGGUGGUUUCGACCGUUUAGGCUCCGAUUUCCUAUUCGGAAAUCGGAGAGGUUUCGCCAAAGGGAGGAAAUCGAAGAAUGAGAAUGAUGGUGAUACAGUUCAAGUUGUUCCUGACAUAGGACCUACUGUGAAGUCAACUGCUACUUCACAAAUGGAGGCAGCAAUUGCCGCUUUAGCACGAGAAUUAAGUAAACUCCGGACUGGAAGAGCAUCCGCAGGGAUGCUUGAUCAUAUCGUUGUGGAGACUGGUGGUUCAAAGAUACCCUUGAAUCAUGUUGCUGUUGUUUCUGUCCUAGAUGUUCAGACCCUCUCAGUGACACCAUAUGAUCCUAAUGCACUAAAGGCAGUAGAGCAUGCAAUCCUUUCAUCUCCAUUGGGUUUAAAUCCGACUCCUGAUGGCCAACGAAUAAUUGCUGCAAUCCCACCAUUGACCAAGGAGAACAUGCAGGCUUUGUGUAAGGUGGUUGCUAAAUCAGCUGAAGUUGUUAAGCAGAGUAUCAGAAGAGCGCGACAAAAGGCAUUCGAUUCAAUAAAGAAAGCAGCUUCAAAUAUUCCCAAAGAUGAUGUAAAGAGACUUGAAAAGGAAGUUGAUGAUAUGACAAAACGGUUUGUCAAGUCAGCAGAUGAUAUGUGCAAGGCAAAGGAGAAAGAGAUCACUGGGAACUGAACUGCAUUUUAAAGUUUUUCCCAUUCACCUGGAAGUAUAUCUUAGCGACGAGAGUUACCAUGCAACAUAGCAUGCCUUUACAGGAAUACUUGCAGAAUAGAAGCAUUAAAACUAAGAGGGUAAAUAGGCCAUUCUUAAAAUCUGAUGUUCAUUUGGAAGAUAGACGCUGACUAGUUCCCAGCUUUACUGCAGUUUUCAAAUUGUAACCGGUAAAAGUUUUUCCAUAAAGCAAAACUUAUUAACACGCUUGUGUUGAAUUUUAGCUUGUGAAGAUAACUCUUUGAUUUAAACAUGUCAUUGAUCAUGUCA